AUGGCGGCCAUCCCUAAUGCUCCCACAGAUGCCCACAGGGCAGUGAACCCAACACCGGCAGAAGCGGCGGCCCGGGAACCUCCUUCACACCCGCAAAGCACUGUAAACAAUAGAGAGAGCAUCCUGAGACCAGCUCCACCAUCUCAGGCGCUGAGGAAGGAGGCCUAUGCAGCGACACAGAAUGCCCUGCGAGAAGCAGCGGCGAGGAAGGACAAGGAACCCAUGAGACAGGUAGUGACAGACCGUAAUGACUUUCCAUCCACCCCCAUCCUCAUAACAAAUGGCUUCACCGUUCUCACUGAGAUACCAACUGAGAUCAUUGAUGCAGAUGAGGACACCAACAUGGAGGAGCGCCUGCCUCAAGGAGCUCCCCUGCUGUUGAAAUCGACAAUGUCCUCUCUGGCAGGCUGGAAUGCUGCACCUGUGAACCAUUUAAUAGCGACAGGAUCCACGAACCGUGUCUCAUGUUAG